AUGGCGGCUUUCGGCGCUCAUUUCGCUGCGGCUUUUCAAGCUGAUCUGGAGGCCAUAUUUUCUAAGUACACAGAGCCACUAGAAGGAGAUACAAAUGAGAUUUACUUGAGUGAGUUUUGUGAUGAAGAUGAUUCCAGCAGCAGUGAUACUGAUGCUGUCAAUAUUGAAGAUGAUGGUGAAAAGAACAGUGAUGAUGGUGACAACGACAAUGAGGAUGGUGACGAUGAUGACGAGCAGGAUUCUGAUGCAAGUGGGCCCAUCUCAAGGUACCUGGAGGACCUGCCAGGUGGGUGCUUUGUAACUGGGAAAGGAGAAGGUUUCAAUUCAGGCUCCUUGAAAAAUGACACUUACUUAUUGAGUGAGCAUAAACACUGGAGUGAAGACCUGGAGGUGAGUGAUUCAGAAACAGAAGCCCCUAUAUCAGAUAAUGAAGUGCUAACAAAGAAAUUUCAAGAACAAAGUAUUAAUUCCUCACAAUCGAAACGUUGUGAUUCCAAGAUAGGUAUCUGCAAUACAACGUUCGUUAUCGACAAGUCUAAAGCCUGGUCGUCCACGAGUCAUCCAGAAUUGUCUCAUAUUUACAAGAAACCAGUGUCUGUUGUGCAUCCGCUCACUUCAUCAGGGGUGAAACAGUCAGCAAAGACUACUCUCUCUAAAGAAGAUCCUGUGAACAGUGUUGAGACCAGUGGCAAGUUAGAUCUUGUCCAAGCUGUCUUGUGUUCCCGAAACAAGAUUGCUCUUGCCUUGGCUGAAAUUGUUGAAGGCAAACAGCCUUCGGUUGUCUCUGAUGAUUCUACAUGCCACACUGAUGGAGAGUCUGAGGUGACGUCCAGUGGUGAUGAAUCUAGUUCAACUUACCCAAGAAGUUUAGAAUCCUACUGUCGUUUACGAGAGACAGGCAUAGGAAAGACGGAGAAGUGUGACCUGAUGGGCAAGGAACAGACCAAGGCUUCCGUGAUUAGGGGACCUAACAAUGCGUUGGCUAGCCAGGAAAGUCAGGUUCUUGAUUUGAAGACUCGUCACCCAUUGUGCUUCAUUGCAGACAAGCAACAUCAUUUCGUAAGACGUCGGUCACUGAAAAUAGCUUCGUCUUCUCUUGAUCUCGCAGCAAAGUCUUCCCCACGCUCUGUCAAACUCGAAAAUGGUAACUUUGACAUGCCAAGGGUAAACUCUUCACCCAGUAAGAGAAGAAGUGCAAUUUUGUGCAAGAUUGGUGGACCUAUGAAAUGCAAUGGGAAAGGUUCAUAUCUUGAGAGGCGCUCAGCAAACUCAUCGAUCAUGUCCCCUAGUUCCAAAGCCCUUGGCGCACCGUUAGGUCACCAAAGAAGUGCAACCGUGUGCAACUUGGAAGGACCUGUGACAUGCAACGGGCAAGGAAAAUAUCUUGAGAGGUGCUCAGAAGACUCACUGAUUAUGUGCCCUGGUUCCAAAACCCUUGGCACACCAUCAGCUUGCCAAAGAAGUGCAACUUUGUGCAACUUGGGAGGACCUGUGCCAUGCAAUGGGCAAGGAAAAUGUCUUGAGAGGUGCCCAGAAAACUCACCAAUUAUGUCACCCGGUUCCAAAGCCCUUGAUACACCAUCAGGUCACCAGACUACUCCUCUGGUUCCACGCUCAGUAUCCCCUGCACUUCAAUCGAGCUCUUCCAACUCCAAGAGGAGGAGAUCAUCACAGGUGUUAAGAGUUUUUAAAGAUACAGCAGCCAUCGACUCGUGGCCUUCUGGGGAAAAGAAAGCAAAACACAAAGAAGCCCGCGGUACAUCCUUUGAAAAAGGCGGUAAUUUGCCAAAGGCUUGUCGCUCCACGGCAAAGCUCACUUCAAGCACUUCCUCUCCAGAUGGGCUAGCUAGGGUGAAUUAUUCAAAGCGAUCACUAUUUUUAAGUAAUGUUGCUCCUGACUUUGCUUCUUCGUAUCAGAAAUCAAUCGGCGAAGAUGAAUGCAAAGAGAAGCGGGAAUCGAGUCUCUCUGCCCUGAAGAACAGGAGAGAUCAAAAGCUUUCCUGUUCAAAGACCUACAGUGACCUUGUCAAUGCACAGUCUAGAGGAAAGUUUCUUCCUUCAUCAAAAGCUUUGCGGAAGAAUUCAUGUGAUAAUCGUGGUUACGUGUUUGGUACACAAGAGGAAGGUGAUUCGUUAAAUGAUAAAAAUGAAACAGCUGAGGAACAAACUGUUGAUAAGUUGAACUGUGGGCGGAAUCUGUCGGUUAAUAAUCUUUUAAGAGCGCGUGCUGACAAGGAACAGUUAUCUGCUGCUGAUCAAGCAGGCGUUCAAUCAAAAGAAAGAGUCAUGAAAAAUUCAAAGAAGCACGCUUUUGGUCCUAGUGAAAGCUCGAGAAAUAGUCAUUUGCCCCGUGGUCUUGGAAGUGACAACUCACCCUUGAAAUCGAUUGCGCGUAAGAAGAGAGCGAGAGAAAGCCUUGCUAUAGACACCCUGGAGUCUUUACCUUCGAAACACGCAAAGAGAGGCUCGUCUUGCUCCAGUUACCUUGAGCUGUGUCCACCUCAAAGCUCGUCCUUGCGUUGCUACAGAAAAGAGUCAACCCCCAUGAAGAAAACGAACUUAGAAAGCGUGAGACUGGAAAGAUUUCUGCGUCAGAACACAAAACCUUUGUCGCCAAUCAGACCAACUCCGGCAGGUCCUCGUGGUUCUGGGAACAAUGCUGUCAUGUCUCCUUGUAAAGUUCUAGGAUCCUGCGAUAAGUCAUUUUGUUUUGAUUGUUGUUAACACGACGUUAAGUCAUCGUGACACAUUUCUUGGAGUAUUGAGAGUAAAAGAGUUUUGCCGCCAUUUUGUCUUUGGGUUUUUGGCAUUACGCAUGAUGUGAGGGAUGUUUGUUCUCAUUUCGUCCUGAGAGGACUUGAAAUUUUAUUGUCUUUUUAGCUUAUUUUACGCGUCUGUUUUACGGCCUUUUCAAGCAUUGUACAGAUUAAACAAAUUGUAGUUUAAUUGCGUUUUAAUAGUCUUUUUACAUAUCUUCGAUGAUAAGCGAAAUCUCUAUGUGUAUGUAUUGUCAAAUAAAAGAACAAUAGUCCUGUC